AUGCCAAUUUUCAUAAGGAGAACUACUGGGAGAGAACAUUGUUUAUGUAAUACUAAUAGUGAGGGAUUGAGUAGGAGCUUGAAAUCAUCGCAUUCACCUCAAUAUAAUAUUAAUAUUUCACAAAACUCAUCAUCAAUUACUUCAUCAAAACCUGCUUCAUCGAUGGUGAGGAAUAAGACUACUAUUUAUACAUCGAUAUUUCAUAUAUUAGUUGUAUGUCUAUUCUUCCUACCAACUUGGUUUGCAGUUGUACUUUAUGUGAAUGCCCAAAAUCAACCUUUCACAUGUGGUGGCUAUCUACCUGACGAUGAUAGAGUUUGUAAUUUUAGAAAGGGAAUGUGUAUUGGAGAGGAUAUAUGUGUUUGUUCAAAUGGAUUUCAAGGAGAUUCCUGUUCUAUAACCACAUGUUUUGGUAUAAGGUCAGAUUCAACAAGUGUUUGUUCUGGAAGUGGAUAUUGUGAAUCGUUGAAUAAUUGUACUUGUACAUUGGGUUGGAAAGGUAUUGCGUGUAAUGAAAGAGUUUCAGAUAGGAAUAAUCAAUACAGAGCUUUGGAAUCAAAUAAUUCCACAAUUUCAGAGAAUGUUGACUUUAUCGAGGCAGUAAUUACAAUGCCAAAUGUCAACCAAUUCAGUUCAUGUGGAGCCAUUUCAGUAGAUGGUUCUUCAAGUCACUCAGCAGAUGGGAGACCAUUAAUAUAUUAUUGGUUGUUAUUUGAUUCGAAAAUGAAUUUACUUGCAGAUAACUUCCCUCACCAACCAAUCAUUACUCUAGAAUCGAGUAUUCCAUCAGGAUCUUAUAGAGUGGGAUUGAUAGUUCAGAAUACUGUCUUGAAAAUCAAUAGUUCUAUAACUGUUUCUCCAAUUUUCACAAAGGCAACUUCACCACUUCCAAUGUUGACCAUGUAUAGGGGAGAAACAGUGAUUGAAAAGUAUUCGAAUGAGUUUCCAAUAACAUUGAAGAAGAUUGUGAGUGAUUCUUCAUGUAAAUCCUCACAAGAUGUUCUCCAUAUUGAAUGGACCCAAUUGAGUGGACCUUUCAUCAAUCACACUAUUGAUACUUUCAAUAAUUUGCAUAUUCCAAAGUUGAAAGUCUUUGGAAAUUACACAUACCUAUUUAGAGUUUCAACAUUUUACAAAAUAAGUGCUAAAGUUUCUUUGAAUGUGACUUUGAGUACAAAUUCACCAAAAUUGGAAUUGAAUAUUUUACAAACUGAAUCUACAAGUGAGUUGACCACUUUACAAAUUGAUUAUGUAGAUCCAGAAGCUUUAUAUAAUGAAGAAUCGACAGAAGUUUGGAAAUGGACUUCAUCCAAUCAAAGUCCUCAACUCUUAACAAUACAAAAUUUGUCCAAAUCAAAAUCUUUACAAUUUUCAAUUUCUUCUAAAUUAUUGGAAACAAGGGCUGAUUCCAUUAUUUUAACUUUGGAAAUUAGAAAGAGUGAUGGAAGAAGUGUUCAAAAAUCAACAACCAUCAACUUUAACAAUAUUCCUCCUCUUGUAAAUAUUGUAAAUAUUGAACCACCUUCAAAUGUCAUUUUACCAGGUCAGCUCAUUCCGAUUCAAACUUUGACAAUUUCAAACUCUUCGAACACAACAUGGAUUCUGAAUGGUAAGAUUGUUGAUUCUUCUUCCAUUAUCCAACAAGCUUCUCCAGGAAUGGAAACAAAUACCAUCCUAAUUGACUCUUCAAAUUUGGAAGAAGGAUCAGUCAACUCUUUAACAAUAAUUACCUAUGAUACCAAGACUGACGAUAGAUCUCAAUCAAAGAUUGUAAUGUACAAUUUGGGAGAAGUUUACUCAACCAAAAUGCCAUCUCCUUUUACUGGAACAUCUGUCACUUGUUUCUUUGAUAUUGUGGACAAAACCACAGGCGCAUUCUCAACAACCUAUUCCAAUGUCACCAUUUACAAACCAAUCAUUCAAAACUUUGCUGAUAUCCAAUCAAUUGUCCAAAAAUGGGAAGAUCAAUCCAUUCCCUAUUCCUUAGAUGGUGAUUUCAGUAAGAGCAUCUACCAAUCAGCUUCCACUUCAAGAACUGAUGCAGUUUUAUUGAAAGAGGCCAUGUUAUCCAAUAGUAGAAGUCAUAGCCGUAAAGUUUCUGUUAUAUGCCUUAAUGGUGUUGAAGUUUCAGGCGAGUGCAAAUGUAAGGAUGGUUGGAUGGGGCAACGUUGUGAAAUUUCCAUUGGGGACUUUUCAAAUAUUCAAGGAACAAAGCUUUCAAUAUUGAGAGAUAUGAUGUUUGUGGUGAAUAGAACAUAUGGUAUGAGUGAUGAAUAUUUGUCCUUGAUGUCAUUUGCAAUGGAUUCCUUGUUAGUGAACUAUCAAUUUUUGGAUACGAGUACUAUAUCAGAAAUAUUGAAUAAUUUGAAUUUAAUCUUGGAUUAUGCAUUAUCAGAUGAAAAUGUGAGAGUUUCAGUAGGUGUGGAUACCUUACUUGAUAAUUGUAUUGAAUCUGCUUACAAAUAUAUUAAGGAUCGUCAAUAUGUCAACAAUCAUACUUCAAACUCUUAUAACUUACAUGCUGCACUCAAGAAAGUAUCCAUGCUUCAAGCAAGAAGCUCUGUAAUUGGAAGUACAGGAAAGAGUAAGAAGGGACCUUUCUUUUCUUCUGUUUUACAUAGGAAUACUGUUUAUGAUUUCCUAAGAUCUAUUAUUGAUCCUAUUUCAGAGUGUAAAAUAGUAUUCGAUUCUUAUUUCUUUUCAUUUUCUACUUUAAGUUCAACGAUUGUGAAGAAACCUUUCGUUUCGGUGCUGACAGUUUCAGAUGAUGUGUUUUCACUGAAUAGCAGAUUGGGAAUGACUCAUAAAUCUGAAAGUCAAAUCACGUAUUCGAAACUUAUUUCUCGAAUAGUGUCAAUUGAUUUCUCAGAGUUACCAGUUCAAGUACAUGGGAGUAAGAUUUCCUACAUCAUUCCUUAUAACAUUACUGACAAAGAAGAACCAGCCCAAUUUACCAAUUUGGAGUUAGCUGAAAAGAACACAACUGUCAGUUGUGGAGAUUUCAGAAGUGGAUCACCAACCAUCUUGAGAAGUGAUUGCACAUUACAAACAAGAAAUACCACUCAUGUGGUUUGUACAUGUGUUAGUUUUACAAAUGUCUUUGUUGUAGAAACGACAGUUGUGACCUAUCAUUCCUAUGUCUAUGUGCUUGCCAUUGUAGUUUCUUCCAUUGUAGCUUGUGUUUUAUUCUUGCUGAUUGCUAUUGGUGUACUAGUCACUAUCAUCAUUAAAAUUAGGAGAAACAAAGGAACAACUGCCAACAAACCAGAAACAGUAACAAAUACUUCAACCUUCUCACUCAGAGUUCAGGAAGUUGAAAUUGAAACAUCAUCCUAUGGAAGGGGUCAAACACCUCUUGGUGUUUACGAUACCAUUACUCCACAAGAAAAAUCUAAUAGCUUUGCAGUUCAAUCUGUUUAUCAUAUGAAUCGUAAGAGAUCACAAGUGAUUCCUCUUCGUAUCGACUUGUUAGAUGAGAAGUAUUGUGAUAACUUGUCGAGUAACGGAUCUGAUUGCGAAUUAUAA